AUGACACAACUUUUCGCCUCCAGUCCGUCCUCCGUGACGAACGAGAAACGCGGGAACUUUCCCAGUCUCUCUCUGGCCUCCAAGAAGCAUUCCAACGAUUCGAGCCACUUCCCCACGAGGAUCAAGAAUUUCUUUCGCAUCAACAGUUCCAGCAGCAAUUCUUCUUCCCAUGCCAGCCACCACAACAAUGAAUCGCGUGAUCGCGAUGGCAAUACCUCCCCACCCGCAAAGUCUGAUGCCAAAUCCGGCUUUAGACAAUCCCGGUUCCUUCCCACUAUCGGCCGAAAUCGCUCAACCACCGUUGCCAGUGAAGGCAAUCCGCUAGACGAAGGCGUCUCCCCGACCGCAACGGCCAAUCCAUACUUUGUCCAUCAGGGCCAGCCUUCGUUGCAGCAUCGGAACGAUGGCUCGGUACCGUCGUCCCCUCCCGAUACCCCCGAAUUGCAGGUGGACGGUGUCUCUGCUGCCGAGCAGGCGACUACUGCCAACAAGGUUGAGUUGGCUCGUAAGCUGCGCCGUGUUGCUUCGGCUCCGAAUGCGCAGGGUCUGUUUGCCCGGGGCGAGUCUGACGAACGUCAUCAGACGGCUGAGACUGGAAAGGAACUUCUGGAGCCGUCUGGGGCGGAAGAUCCACAAGUCACUACGGUGGAGGUGGCAUCCGACAAAGAUGUGAAUCUUGCCGUGCCCAAACUUGGUCCCCACAGUAAGAUUCCUACUCCCGGUCAGAUUCGGGAUUCGGUUGCCUUCCGCAGGACGUAUAGUUCCAACUCGAUCAAGGUGCGCAAUGUGGAGGUAGGACCGGGGAGCUUUGAUAAGAUCAAGUUAAUCGGUAAGGGUGAUGUGGGCAAGGUGUAUCUUGUCCGGGAGAAGAAGUCGAGCCGGCUCUAUGCUAUGAAGGUACUGAGCAAGAAGGAGAUGAUCAAGCGGAACAAGAUCAAGCGGGCAUUGGCCGAGCAGGAAAUUCUUGCUACCAGCAAUCAUCCAUUCAUUGUUACACUCUACCACUCCUUCCAGUCCGAGGACUAUCUCUAUCUAUGCAUGGAGUACUGCAGUGGUGGCGAGUUCUUCAGAGCUCUUCAAACCCGCCCAGGAAAGUGCAUCUCCGAAGAUGCUGCGCGAUUCUAUGCCGCAGAAGUUACUGCUGCUCUGGAGUACCUCCAUCUCAUGGGUUUCAUCUACCGUGAUCUGAAGCCCGAAAACAUUCUCCUUCACCAGUCUGGCCACAUUAUGCUGUCUGACUUUGAUUUGUCGAAGCAAUCCGGACCGGGCGGUGCACCUACAAUGAUCCCGGCGCGGAGUGGCAACUCCACGACGUCUUUACCGACGAUUGAUACCAAGUCAUGCAUUGCUGACUUCAGGACCAACUCGUUUGUCGGUACGGAAGAAUACAUUGCACCCGAAGUCAUCAAGGGCUGUGGACACACUAGCGCAGUCGAUUGGUGGACGCUUGGUAUUUUGAUCUACGAGAUGCUGUACGGCACGACGCCAUUCAAGGGCAAGAAUAGGAAUGCUACUUUCGGCAACAUCCUGCGGGAUGAGGUGCAAUUCCCCGAGCAUGCAGCGGCCCAGCCAACCUCCAACCUCUGCAAAUCAUUAAUUCGUAAACUGCUCAUCAAGGACGAGACCAAGCGCCUUGGAGCUCGAGCCGGCGCUUCGGACGUCAAGACCCAUCCCUUCUUCCGGCAGACGCAGUGGGCGCUUAUCCGGCAUAUGAAGCCGCCAAUGAUCCCUCACCAGAGCCGUGGUACGGAUACUCUCAACUUCCGCAAUGUUAAGGAGAGCGCGAGUGUCGAUAUCGGUGGACCCAGCACGACCAAGAUGAAGGGUGUACCGAUGGAUUCGGGACUUGCGACGCCAAAUGGCGAGAUAGCCGAUCCGUUUGAGGAGUUCAACAGUGUCACCCUUCAUCAUGACGGGGACAUGUGA